UCCGUGUUACUGUUGUUCUAUAUCCGUCAUAUUUAAAUGUAAUACGGCAUCAUAUGAAUUUCCAUGUAUUUCAGGUAAUGCGCCCGCUUAAACCAAUUGCAAGCAGUCUUUUUCUAAAAUUCUAAAUGUAUAUAAUGUCAUGUAUUUGUUUAUAUUGUUGCAGUUAUUUAUUUAUUUUGCGAGGCAAUUCUGAAGAAUUCGCAUUUAGUCCAGGACAGAUAUAUAGCCCGCUAGUUCUUCAGGCGCUUAAUAGUCGGCGAGGGUGCGCAGACAUGUCGCGAGCUAGCAGCGUUAGCUAUGUGUAAAUUUCGUAACCAACUAAUCUAAAGUAAGAACACGGGCAAAAACGCUUCAAAUACUACAAAGUAAAACUGUAUUAAGUCUCCGCUAGCUAGCUAAUUCAUUGGAAUGUUCGCAUUGGUUCACCGGUCUGAUAACAAUCAAAUUAAUUCAUUUUAAAAUUCAAAAUAUUUCCUAAAUAAAACAUUUAAAUGAUAAUAUAAUGGGCGACUACUGUGAAACUACUUAAAAUGUAAUUGAGGUACGUCACAGUAGACCCCUUUAAUAAUUCUAUUGAUUACUAUUAUGUAUUUCAGUGGCUAUUGGUAUUUCGCUGUCCAGAUAGUCACAGUAGUUUGUUUACAACUUGCGUGCUUGCUAUAUAACUAGCGAGUAACAACCAAUGCAAAUGCAACGGCGAGCUAGCAAACGUUAGCUACAAAGACCCCUAAUACGUUAUCGGUUUGUGGGGGGUUGGUGGGCAAAUGACCUACGGCUGCUUUCUUUCUAAAUCGGUUUAUAUUUUUACAAACCAAAAGAUUAAAUAAAUUAACAUACAGUGCUCGCCCACUGUGAUAGUAACCCUUUUGCUUACUGUAAACACAGGCUAGAUAACAAUUCUGCUUCACGGUGACACACUGCGCUCCAGUAUGCGCGGGGAGGAAUUAGCCAAAUGUCCCCAACGCUGGGCUUUACAACUGCUGUUUUUUAAGUGCUUUUAGACAGUCAUGUGAUUGUAACGUAACCCGACCGGAAAACACCGACGACCAUCGCCGCCAAUGCUGCGUUUUAGAGGAACAGAGCAGCUGCGAGCCCAACGGACAAGUCCCCGGUAACAAACAACACAACAAACUCCACAAAAUCGCGAGGAGCACGAAAGGCGGAAGAAUGGAGCUGUCCAACCAUGGCCUUAUCCUCCUGCAGCAGCUCAACGCUCAGAGGGAGUUCGGGUUCCUGUGCGAUUGCACGGUGGCCAUCGGGGACGUCUUCUUCAAGGCGCACAAGGCCGUCCUCGCCGCCUUCUCCAACUACUUCAGAAUGCUCUUCAUACACCAGGACAGCGACUGCGUGCGACUGAAACCGGGGGACAUCCAGCCGGACAUCUUCAGCUACCUCCUGAACCUGAUGUACACGGGCAAGCUGGCCCCCCAGCUCAUCGACCCGCUGCGCCUGGAGCAGGGCGUCAAGUUCCUGCACGCCUACCCCCUGCUGCAGGAGGCCAGCCUGGCCACCCAGGCCUCCUUCUCGCACCCGGAGCAGAGCCUCCCGCUGUCCACCUCCCUGUACGGCAUCCAGAUCGCCGACCAGCAGGGGGCGACCUCCACCACCGCCACCGCCACCACCACCACGGCGGCCAUUAGCCGGCUGUCGGGCCGCCGGCAGCCGUCCCCGUCCUUCGACCUGUCGGACGGCAAGUUCGGGGUCGGCUCCAGCGCCACCGGCGAGCCCAAACCGGCGCAGUCGCUCUUCGAGGCCGAGCCCUCCACCAGCGGCUUCCCGCUGGCCGGGGAGGAGCCCGGCCCCGGCCCCGGCCCGGACGCGCCCGGGGACGACCCGCCGGCCGCCACCACCAUCCUGCACGUCAAGCCCAGCAUCAUGAAGCGGAACUCGUCCUUCCGCAAGCACUACACCUGCCACAUGUGCGGCAGCCGCUUCGGCCAGCGCGGCGCGCUCCGCGAGCACCUGCUCCACCACGCCCAGGCCCUGCUGCCCGAGGCCGGCCUGGGCGUCACGCCCAUGGAGACGGGCCCCGCCCCCGAGACCUCGGUAACCGCGGCGACCGUGACGACCAUGACGACGGAGGAGCAGCCCCCCUCGCACGUGGUCAUGGCCGACCCGGCCAGCGACGGCGAGCAGCAGGCCGCCACCGACUCGCCGCGGGCGGACGGGCCGCAGUCCCAGGCGGAGACGCCGCCGCCGUCCGACAUCGCCGACAUCGACAACCUGGAGACGGCCGACCUGGAGCGCGAGGUGAAGCGGCGCAAGUACGAGUGCUCCACCUGCGGCCGCAAGUUCAUCCAGAAGAGCCACUGGCGCGAGCACAUGUACAUCCACACGGGCAAGCCCUUCAAGUGCAGCGCCUGCGGCAAGAGCUUCUGCCGCGCCAACCAGGCCGCCCGCCACGUCUGCCUCAACCAGAGCGCCGAGUCCUACACCAUGGUGGACAAGCAGAGCAUGGAGCUGUGCUCCAGCGAGGACAGCUCGCAGAUGGAGGCGCUGUUCCUGGCCUCCGGCCGGCCGUACAAGUGCAACGUGUGCGAGAUGACCUUCUCCAGCCCCAACGAGGUCAUCAAGCACCUGUGCUUCGCCCAGGCCGCCGCCCUGCAGGGCGACGAGCUGCCCAAGGACGAGGGGUCCAGGGACUCCUCCAGCGCCGGGCCCCUGCUCACGUCCAUUAAGACUGAGGAGAUCCUAGUCGAAUAGCAGCCGCCAACUCGUGUACUUUUUAGUUUUUUUUUGUUUUUGUUUUUUUUGUACUUUUUAAAUUAUGGUCAGUAGAUAUUCUAAGGAUUUAGUGAAAAUUUUUCGUAUUGAAAAGGAAAAAAAACAAAAAAAAAACAAAACUUUUUUUUUUUUCCUGGUUUUUCUGUCUUCACAGUUUAAUUUGCCCUCAGGAACUGGAAUAGGGAUUUUAGCGCAAGGCUCACGUGAAUUGAACUCUUCCUCCUCGUCGGACAAAAAAACGUCCCUCGUCAAACGUUUUUGACCGGUCGGAUAUCAGUGUGUGUGUGUGUGUGUGUGUGUGUGAACCAUACAUGUUACUGCAUAUCUCGUGACCUCCCAACUUUUUUGGCUGACUGGUGAGUGACCUGGGUGACCAGUUACCGGUGCGAUGCUGAGUGUUGUGAAGGCAGAGUGUGUUUGACUCCUCAUAGCGUAUUCCAUAGCUGAGUGUGUAAAUGAGUACAUGGAGUAAGUCAUCGCCCUGCAUUAUGUGGAACUGCUCUGGCUGUCGGUCCGUAGGCUGACGUGUGGCCUGUGUGGCCUAUAUGUGGACUUGUUUACUUUCAGUAUCAGGGUUUACACACACACACACACACGAGCGCACACACACAUGCGCAAACACACGCGCGCACACACACACGUACGCACACACACAGACAGAAACACA